CCGGCUCCGGCUCCACUCGUGCUCUGCUCGGCUCGGAUCUGCGUGGAUCUGUGUGGAUCUGCGGGACGCGGCUCCGUGGACUUUCAGCUGAUCCGCGUGUCCGUGGGGAUGGAGCCGGUAUUCUGCAGAGCCUGAGCGGUGACGAUGCAGCACACCUCGUGCACGGAGGACCGGAUCCAGCACGCCCUGGACCGCUGUCUGGACGGGCUGAGGCGCAGCCCCACGGCGGCGCACCACUGGAACGUGCUGAUGUGCUCGGCCGGUCAGUCCAUGAACCGCUGGAGCUUGGAGGAGCUGGUGAAGAGAGACCCCGAGAACUUCCUCAUCCUUUUACAGCAGAUCAUCAGUAAGACCAAAGAGGUGCAGGAGCAGUGUCAGUACGAGCUGGUGGCUCCUCUCGCCAUCAUGUUCUCCUCCACGCUGCUGCAGACGCCGCACUGUCCCCCGGACACGGAGCUGCUGCAGGAGGCCUUCCACGUGUUCAGCUGCUUCCUGACGUGGCCCGAGCCGUACUGUGGUGUCUGCAGAGAGCUGCUGUCCACGCUGCAGCUGGAGGUCAAGGCCCCCGGAAUAAGCUUCCAGAGGCUGGUGAGACAAGAGCAGGGUCUGAAGGUGUCGGACCAGUGUUCCAAGACCACGACGGUGCUGCUGAUGAACCCCGGCGAGGUCCCGGCCGACUUCCUGGCGGUGGCCGAGCAGCUCGGCGGCGCCCGGCUCUCGCAGGCCGAGACCUUCACGGCGCUGAUCAAACACGCCUUCCAGGCCACGCUGGGCACCAAGUACCCGCUGCAGAGCGUGAGCAGAGCGCUGCAGGGGAAGACGGCCAGCGAGCUGCAGCAGAUCUUCUCCGUGGUGACGGACGUCCUGGAGACGGCGGCCGUCAUGAGCGACCCGCUGACGGCCCGGGGUCACGUGGUCCGGGGCCUGGAGGAGCUGAGGGAGGGGCUGCGGAUCCCCGCGUCCAACGGCAGGAAGUCUGACGGGAUGCUGCAGACGUUGCCGUUGCCGACAGCCAAAUGCUACACGUUUCACUGGGACAACGACAACUUCGAUGUUCUGAACACGCUUUUGGAGCACGACUCCAACGACUCGGCCGUCAACGGAACGGCCGCUGAGGAAAAGGACGAUUUUGAUGAUGAUGACGAGCAGGAUGUGACUGAAACAGACAUGGAGGAGGAGGAUGAGGAGGAGGAAGAGGAGGAGGAGGAGCGACGGGAAGUGGACUCCACUCCGAUAUCCAUCAUCCCCAACGACUGCGGCGGCGGCUAUCGCGCCUCCACCUUCUCCACCAUCUCCUCGCUGUCCACCACCUCCAAAGACUCCAUGUUCUCCAGCCUGUCCGUGGCGUCCGAGUCCUACCCGCCCUCGCUGUUCUCCGUCGUCUCCGGCGCCGACAGCGACUACUUCGAGGACUCCGACGACUACAUCUGCUCCUCCCCCGCCGCCGAGAAGAGCUCGCCCAAGUCCACCAAGGCGUCGGCUCGCCUCAGCCAGCACCUCUACAGACUCUUCCACAAGCCCAAAAACCCACGGCUGCUGUCGCGGGCCAAGAGCCUGGGCAACUCGGAGUCCCGGGACCUGCUGGCGGUGCGGGAGACGCGCUCCAACUCGCUGCCGCAGCAGGUGAGGCUGUGCGGGCCCGAGCACCUGCUCAAGCCGCAGACGCCGACCCUCCGGCACGUGUGCUUCCGGCGGCGGCCCAUCCUGAGCAGCGACGAGGACGGGCAGAGCGCCACGCUGAGGGUGGUGGUGUUCGGCGCCGACCACGUGGCGGGGAAGGUGGCGCGGGCCUACAGCAACCUGAGGAGGGAGGAGAGCGCCCGCCCGCGCCUCAGCAGGGCCUUCAAGCUCCAGUUCUACUUCGUACCCGUGAAGAGAGACUCGACGGGGGGGGGAGCCGGGGGAGGAGCCGGGGGAGGAGCCGGGGCCCGGAGGUCGUCAGGGCCGCUGAGUGCGUCGCCCAAAGGAGCUUACGAUCUGAACCAGUCCGGCUCCGGCGACAGCACCAAUGACAUCGCACAUCUGCUGGGCAUGUUGGACCCGUGGUACGAGAGGAACACGCUCAGCCUGCUCAAGCUGCCCACCAACGUGGUCUGCCAGCAAACCUCGAAGACGGAGUCUGAGUCCUACGAUAGUUCCUACGAGCAGCGUCUACCCAUCCUGGCCGACCUGGUGCUGUACUACUGCCGCUACGCUGCUCGGCCGGCGCUGAUCCAGCUCUACCAAGCCGAGCUGACGUUCGUCGGCGGAGAGAAGAGGACCGAGGUGUUCGUCCACUCCCUGGAGUUGGGUCACACUGCAGGAACGCGAGCCAUCAAGGCCAUGGGCACUGCCAGUAAGCGGUUCGGCAUCGACGGUGACAGAGAAGCGGUGCCUCUCACGCUGGAAGUGGUGUACAACCGGGUGGUUAUCAGCGGGAGAAGCCAGUGGAAAAGAGAAACCAAAGUCUGCACCUCGAUAAACUUAAACAAAGCCUGCAAGAACCCAGAGGAACUAAACUCAAAGAUGGAGUGCCUGCAGCUCAACAUGACCGAGGUCCUGAAGAGGCAGAACGGUAAAAGCAAGAAAGGCUACAACCAGCACCUGACGGUGACGGAGGUGAAGGUGGAUAAGGUGCAGGUCAGCGGAGCGGGAAACACCACCUUUGCCGUCUGUCUGGACCAGGAUGAGAAGAAAAUCCUGCAAAGUGUCACCAAGUGUGAAAUAUCGGUGUGCUAUAAACCCGACAGCUCCUCCGACUGGCGGCUGAGGAAAUCGCGGACCUCUGCGCAGAUCCAGCCGCUCAACCCGACCUUCUGCUCCCUCCUCUGCCUGCCCAUCGUCACCUUCAGCGGGGCUCUUCUCUGACGCUGACGACCCCCCCAUCCUCUCCGGCUUUGGUGGACUGCAGAAGAAGAGCUCGCCCGGAUGCCUCCAAGGUGCUGGCGGUGAGAAAUACUAACACCAACCAAUAACUGGAGAAUAAAAGGCCAAAUGUUGGAGGUGGUUUUCUCUGCAGAAAGGGAGGCGUUCAAGUCUCCUUCCUCAGGUCUCACUUCCUCUUUUAUAUCAAAUAUCACUGGACCAAAGCGACCAGAAGAACCGCGGAUCAGGGCGAAUAUUCAGAAUCUCAGGUGAAGCUGCAUCAAAGUCCUGCAGAAAUGUGGACGAUGACGUUUCGGUCUCUGGAUGAACCCGGCCGGCCACGGACGCUCGCAGAAUGGACACUAUAGAUGUACAAAAUGUAAAUGUCUCACUUGUAACAUAACUUUUUUCUGUAUUAGAAAUUUAGCUCAAGAUUGUACAUUUUUUUCUAUGUCUUUUACGGAAUUUAUUUACUUUUCUCUGGAGGACGAGCCACUGACAGUUGUAACUGCGAUGAAGAGUGCGGCCAGCAGAGGGCGCUGUUGAUCGCUCAAUCAAAGUGCCGUUGUAAUUACUGUAAUCUAUUUUAAUACAGAGAGAGAUAAUAAUUUCAGAUUCACAUGGAGAACACGGUGCUAAACGGACUUUCUCAUGUACACCUUCUCGUGUAACUGAUUAAUUGCACUUUUCACAAUAAUUAAUCUAAAAAUGUCUUUUGUAUUUUUGUUGUGCAAGGAUGGCGUCCUAUUACUUGAUAGAAAAUAAAUCUGUAGCCCCGUAUGUUUAUGUGGAGCUUCAUUUAUGGAGUUGAAGCACAUGAACUUUGAGCAAGGUACUGUUUUUUUUUUUUUUUUUUAAAUAUAUAUAUACAUACUUAUAUUUAUAUAUAUACAUACACACAUGUGUGACAUUGGUGCCGUCCCCUUUUAUGGAAAUAUAUUGCAAAUGUUAUCCAAAUCAUCCGUGAUUAAAAUAUAGAGACUGUAUUCGGUGUAAUUGGAAUCGAUUUUCAUUUGGAAAGUUGCAAGUAAAAGUAAGUAAAGAUGUUACUGUAAACUGACAACUUCAGGCUCUUAAAGUUUGAUUGCACAAACAGAGAAAAAUCUAUUUUAUUUUGCUUAAAUAUUAAAUUGUUGAAUGCAUUUUCUGAAUAAAAGGGUAUU